AUGUUGGGUACAGUACUGCCGAGCCGGUCAGUCGGUGAAAAGAUACCAACGGAGUUCACCAAACUUUUAUUCCCCUAUGCCAUUUUCUUCAUAGCAGCAAGUUUAUUGCUCUACUGUCUUUAUAGACAAGCUCUUCCCAAACCGAUUCCGGGCAUUCCUUACAAUGAGGCCGCUACGAAGAGCAUACUUGGGGAUGUGGCAUCACUGCAAGAGGGAAUAGCCCGGACGGGCGCUUUUCAGAUAUGGCUCCACGAACAAGCGGCUAAGCACAACUCGCCGCUUUUCCAAAUCUUCAUCCGCCCCUUCGGAAAACCUAUGCUCAUUCUCUCUGAUUUCAGAGAGGCUCAAGAUAUGCUUUUGCGACGGAGCAAGGAGUUUGACAGAGCGAGUAUCGUCGGUGACAUGAUCUCAGGGGCUGUGCCGAACCAUCACAUCAUCAUGAAGACGAACAGCGAGUGGAAGCAUCACCGCAGACUCCUACAGGACCUCAUGUCUCCCCAGUUCUUGACCGAAAACGCCGCGCCUACCAUAUACUCUGGCGUGCUGCAGCUCAUCCAGCUCUGGAACGACAAGACUCGCAUAGCAGAGGGCCGCCCCUUUCUGGCUGACUCCGACAUCUACUACUGUGCUCUUGACGCGACAACAGCCUUUUCGUUCGGAGCCAAUGCUAGUAGUGCUACCCGGCCGACCAUGGAGUUCCUGAAAGGCUUAGGAGCUGACGAUAUUCGCCGACUCCAAGGAACAACGCCUGCUGGCGGCGAGGAGCCUCUGCACUUCCCUGAUGCUGCGAUCGAUGAAAAUCUCAAGGCAUCUCUCGACGUAGCGGAGGCAAUCGAGCAGCUUCAAGGAUCACCUAUCCCAAGAAUUAAGUGGAAAUUCGUCGAGAGGCAACCCGCUGUCCGUCGAGCAGUCCAGAUCAAAAACGCUUUUAUCCGCGAGGAGAUCAGCAAGGCCUUGGAAAGAACGCAGAACUCCAAGGAGUCUAAGGGCCUUUCUUCUGCGGUUGAACUCAUGGUUCUGAGGGAGAAAAAACUUGCCGACAAUGAUGGGAGGGAGCCAGACUUCUUCUCUUCCAUGAUGAUGGACGAGGUCUAUGGACUCGUCGUGGCAGGACAUGACACUACUAGCACCACUUUGUGUUGGGGCGUCAAGCUGCUGGGCGAUAACCCACACCCCCAGUCUAAGCUCCGCGAAGUCCUCAUGUCCGCCUUUACCGACGCUGUUGCUGAGAAUCGAAACCCAACGAUCAAGGAGAUCACCGGCACCAAGAUUCCAUACCUAGAUGCUGCACUGGAGGAGAUACUUCGAUGCGGCAGUGCCGCUGUUCUUCUCGACCGAGAAGCCAUCUGCGACACGGAACUCCUUGGAUACCGCAUUCCAAAAGGCACCGUCAUCCUCUCGGCCGCUCGUGGGCAGAGUAUCCUGAAGCCCGCUAUCCCAGUCGACGAGUCGAGGCGCAGCAAAAGCAGCCAGAACGCAAAGGCCAGAGCCUGGGACGACGCAGACAUUGCACAAUUCAAGCCGGAGCGCUGGCUAGUCGAUCCUCAAGAUCCGUCGCCCGAGUUCGACCAACAGGCCGGCCCCCAGCUUGCGUUUGGCUUCGGCACCCGCGGCUGCUACGGGCGACGUCUGGCGUACAUCGAGAUGCGCAUCAUUGUCACAAUGAUCGUGUGGAACUUCCAGUUGCUGCCUUGCCAGCAGGAGCUGUCUAGCUACGCGCCCAAGGAGGGCUUCACAUAUAAGCCCAAGGACUGCUACGUGCGCCUGCAGGCUCUAAGAUGA